AUCUUAUUGGGGAUUUAUUUGGUGGAUCCCAGUUGGAAACCGGAGCAAGAAUUGACCGCAGAUUGGCGCUGACCAGUUGGAAAUUUUCCGGUCAGCUCGAGAACGAACAGGAAACCUAACUUGUGUACGGUGAAUGAGUGCUCGAGGGGGAAGACACUCACGCACACAUCGGCAAACUGGUUCGCGCGGGAACCAAUCAGCGACGAGGAAGGCAUUGAAGUUCGUUACGCGGCACACCAAUACAGCCAGAUCGCAGUAGGCGCGUGUGUGAGUGCGUACGGGGCAACGUUCUAGUAGGGACUACCGGGAUGUUGGUGUUUCCCUCCGUUCCUAAACUUUAGUCGAGUACGAGAGCCGGUUCGUAUGAAGUGUGUGCAGAGCGCGCGCGAACGACCACGACCAGAACCCCAGAAACGACGACGACGGUGGCGACGAACUGCGACAGAGAGGCGAAACUAGGCCCCUCAGACAAGGAUAAUCCCGCGUGAUCUAGUAGGCCUCCCCUUCACGUUUGUUGUGUGUUGUGUGUGUACGUCUCUGCAAGAAGAAGAGUGCAUGUAACUAGGCAACCAUCACCAUAACUACCUCGUCUCGGUACCUUCAUCCCCUGUUCAUCAACGUUCUGGAAGAUCGUUCUUUCCGGGAAGUGCGCGCCUAUGUGAAUUGGUUUUUGUUUUGUUCCCCAUCGUGCCCAUUGGAAAUAAAUAACAAAAAAUAAAAUUAAAGAGCGAAGAAGAUAAGCCGAAACCCGAAGUGAGCGCGCUAAUGAGCAAAAGGAGGGGAAAACGUGAAAAAAAUCCUGCUGGCGGAAAUUUAAUCCCAAAAGUCAAUUAAUUCUUACGGGAAUUCAACAACCUUUUCUACGACAACAAAGUGUAUGUGAUCUGUGUUUUCUGAAGCGCCAAGAUGUUUGAACUAGAGGAGAUGAGUAGUGGAUUCCACGACGUGUUACUCAACAAAUACAAUGACACAACCCCCAUCAUGGACCUGUACGUGUCGGACUCGAUGCAGGACAUGCUGGACAUCGACAUCAAGUCGGAGGUGGCGACCGUGGUCGGUGGCGUGAACGAGUUCAGCUCGUUGAUGAACUUUGACCUGCCCUCGCUGGAGCUGGACUCGAACUCGACGGACGCCGAAGCGAACGGGUGGUGCGGCGGUGGCCCGACCAAGUGGUCCUCGGGGGACAUUUACGCGGACGUCGGUGCCUGCGUGAACCCGAACUCGGUCAUGCCGGUGAUGGUUUCGGCGCAGUCUUCGCUGCUGAAGAGUCCCAAGCAGAACGUGAACCUGAACGCGACCGUUGCGCCGAUCAACGAUCCGACGCUGCCCAGUCCGAAGGAGCGCAAGAGUCAUCUGACGUUCUCGCCGAACACGAUCAAGGUGCCGAUGGUGAUUCAGCAUCAGAAGCCAACGAUCGUGACCGGGUUGACGCAAAUUCAGCGGAUAAAUGGGUUGGACACGGUGAAGAAGGAUCUGUCCACCCACAUGCUCAAGGAGGACGGUGGUAACAAGAUCAUCGUACGGAAUCACCAGGUUCCCGUCAACGGAGGUGGUUCCAGUCCGGGAUCCGGGCUGGGAGUUGGGCUUGGCAAGGGCAACACCAUCAAGCUGGCCGCCGGAAUCGGUGGACUGACGUUCGCCAACGGAAUGCAGUUCAAGAAUCUGAAGAACGUCCAGAAGAUCACCGCGAUCAACGGGAUCAACGGUGGCAUCAAGCGGGACUCCAGCCCGGCCCGGACCACCCUCCAAGGUCAAACGCAACUGAUCAGCGUGAACGGCGGUUCCCCGAAGGUGCUCAACCGAAGUCUCAUCCAAUUGUCCAACGGACAAACCGGCAAACCGUCCAUGGUGCAACUGGCCAACGGAAAUCUGGUCGCGGUUCCGAAAAACGCCAAACCCAAACCCAUCGACAGUGGCUUCCCGAAGCCGGCCUACUCGUACUCCUGCCUGAUCGCGAUGGCCCUCAAAAACUCCCGCUCCGGAUCGCUCCCCGUCUCGGAAAUCUACAGCUUCAUGUGCGAGCACUUCCCGUACUUCAAAACCGCCCCCAACGGCUGGAAGAACUCGGUCCGGCACAACCUGUCCCUCAACAAGUGCUUCGAAAAGAUCGAGAAACCCGUCACGAACGGUGGCCAGCGGAAGGGUUGCCUGUGGGCGAUGAAUCCGUCCAAGAUCACCAAGAUGGACGACGAGGUGCAAAAGUGGUCCCGCAAGGAUCCGAUGGCGAUCCGGAAGGCGAUGGUCCACCCGGAACAUCUGGACGCGCUCGAGCGGGGUGAGAUGAAGCACGGCAGCAGCGGGGACAGCGACGAGGGCGAACCGGACGACGAGAUUUCCGACUCGGAUGAGGUCGAGGAGGGGGAAGAGGUUGAGGACGCGGAGGAGGAGAUCGAGAUCGAGCAGGAGGCGGACAGCUUUAUCAUCAACACGCCCGAGUCGAUGGAGGAUCCCGAGGGCGAGGAGGUCAGCGUGGAUUUUGAUAUGGAGGUCCCCGACUUUUACGACGACAUCAACGUCGACUCAAAGGAGGGCUUCACGCUCGAGUUUGUCCAAAAGGCCGACCUGCUCACGUCCACCACGACCACCCUCGAGGACGAGGACGAAUCGGUGUACAUCACUUCGUCCGGAACGACGACGACGACGACUACGAACCACCCCAUCCAGACCGUCAUCCCCGCCGCCCAGCAUCAAAUCACCUACCACCAGCAGCAGCAUCACGUGCAACCGAUGGCCAAACGGGCCCGGCUCGACGUCAACUACGCGAUCGCUCCGGCGGCCGUCAACAGUGGAAUCGCCGCGACGACCACGACUUCGUCCCCGACGACCUUCAGCCACCAGAUCAGUCUGGGCGGUGGUCAGCAGUACGCGUUCACGACGACCGCGACUUCGAACGGGCAGCAGCAGCAACAGUUUCAGCAGAUUCACCAGCAGCAGCAGCAGCAACAUCACAACCGACGGAAGACUCCGCUCGUCACGAGGAUAGCCUAAGAAGAAGGGUUGUGCGCGGUCCACUUUGAUCUAUUUUUUUUUUCUUUUUUGCUGUUUUUCUCGUUGUUUUUCAUUUUUCAUCCCCCUCCACAUCCGUUUCUAUUUAGUUACAAUAAUUUAGAACAAUCCACAGAACGAUCUCUCCCCUUAUUUUUUCUUUUUUUUUUUUUUUGUUUGUUGGUGGAAUGCAACAAAACACUUAACACAUUUUGCAAAAUCUU